AUGUCAAUCGUAUCACUAACAGGGAUUGAAGUGCUCAACAACCCUGCCAAAUUCACUGACCCUUACGAGUUUCAAAUCACAUUUGAAUGUCUUGAACCAUUAAAAGAAGAUCUCGAAUGGAAAUUAACCUAUGUUGGUUCAUCCGACUCACUAGAUCACGACCAAGAGCUCGACUCGAUCUUGGUGGGCCCUGUUCCCGUUGGUGUAAACUCAUUCCUCUUCACUGCCGAUGCCCCUAGUCCUGAAUUGAUUCCGGCUAGUGAAUUGGUUAGUGUUACUGUUAUUAUCCUUAGUUGUUCAUAUAAUGAUCGAGAGUUUGUUAGAGUGGGGUAUUAUGUUAAUAAUGAGUAUGAUACGGAAGAGUUGAGAGAAAAUCCACCGGCCAAGGUACAGGUCGAUCAUGUGGUGAGGAAUAUCUUGGCGGAGAAGCCAAGAGUGACGAGGUUUAAUAUUGUUUGGGAUAACGAAGGUGCUGCUGAUGAAUAUCCACCUGAACAGCCAGAAGAAGAAGAAGAGGAGGAGGAUGAAGAGGAGGAAGAGGAAGGGGAGGAGGAUGAUGAAGAGGAUGAAGAAGGUGGUGAUGAUGAAGAGGAAGAUGUAGUGGUUGAAGAUGAGGAAGACGUUGAAGACGAAGAUCGUGAGGUUGAUUUGGACGAUGAAGACAUGGAGGAAGAAGUGUCAACUUUAAAUGAUAAAGAACCAGUUGCAACACCACCACCUUCAACAGCAGCAGCAGCAGCAGCAGCAUCAACAGUUGAUUCAGAAGUGGUGGCAGAAGUAGAUACGCCGAAAGAUAGUUAA